AUGCCUUCUAAAUCAUCAUUAAGCGACAGCAGUGAACAAUAUACUUCAGUUACUCGACGAUCCAUUAAACUGAACUCAGAUGAGUUGGAUCUAUGGGAAAUGUUCCACUAUGCUGGUCUCACACUGGAUCCACAAGUUUUUCGAGUAAUUUUGGACUUGAUACGUUUAGAUAUCCAACCAAAAGCUAUAUUGGAUGUAUUAGAAUCAGUAUGUCCAAACAGCAAGCAUUUUGUGCCUUGUGUGCAAAAAGAAACAGGACCGAAGUUGAACCAAACAUCCAUAUCAGGCUCAUCAAGCAGCCGAAAAAGCAUUCCUAAAACUGGAACUAAUAUUGCAAAGGGUGAAACUUCAACACAGCUUCGUAAACAGUCAAUACCAAAGCCAGAUAAAGCGGGUGGCGAUUCAAAAAUAUCCAAACGAUGA